AUUGUCAAAACAUAUAAACCGACGGCCACCCCAAGCAGCCGUCUUUCUCUCUCCCAGCCACUGCCGGCAAGGCCAACCUCCUGCCAAAUUGACCACGAACACAGCCCAGCCUUUUCAAAUAUCUCUCUUUUUGGUGACUUCAUACCAUUUAUUUUUGUCAUUUUAGUUCUAAUUUGCUAUGCCUCAGAACUUUCUAGGCAUUCAAGAAUAUCACUAAAACUCCUCGUCGGAGUUUCAAGAAUCAAUCAACCCAGCUGAAAAAGCUAAGAAAGAAAGAAAGAAAGAAACCCAUAUCAUGGAUGUCGAUGCACAGCCAACUAUGGAGGAGACCAUUCUGGUUGGGGAUGACUUGAUGAUGGGGCCACCAUCACCAUUCAUUCCCCCAGAAAUCGCAUCUCACGUGCUCGAAGGUGUGGAUUUAUGUGAUGGAAUUUUGAGGAACUUAUUCUUGUGCUUGCAGAUCAAUGAUAUUGAACCUUUCUGUCAGGAUGAGAUUGCUCUCUACCGGCAAUGUGCAGAGAAAAGGGACAAGGAACUGAGACAACGGCUUCAAGAUAGUGAGCGUAAGUUAGGGAUGUCAAUGCCCUUACAAGAAGCUAAGGAAAGAUCUACCCAGCUGGAAUCAGAAGUGACAUUGUUGGAGAGACGACUGAUUUUGGCAAGUGGAACAGAAGGCGUGGAAGGGUUUCGUGAGAGAUGGAGUCUACAUGGUCGCCUUACUGAUACCAAGAAAAGGCUUGAGGCACUGAAGCAAGGAAUGGAAAACCAGAACAAGAACGAAAUAGUUCCUGAUUCAAACACCAAGAGAAGAUGGUUUUUCUGGUGAAAUUCAAAGCAAAUAUUGUGCAUUUGCUUUGAAUGUGGACAUGAAUGUGGAAUUUGACUUCCUUGAGAAUAGAAGGAUCCAAUUGCUGUGAGCAUCAAAAUCAAAACAGAACAAUCUCUUGCACGGGCUUAACUUGCUUUUAGAACCUGUGCGUGGGAAGUAUUCUGGGGGACCCGUCCUAGCCUCGGUGAUCUUUUCCGUAGGCAUUAACUUAGUUGUAGCUGUGUAAACUGGCGUCGUUAACUCGUUAUUCAUACUCUGGAAGGAAGGCCUUAUUUUCUCGAAUCAAUUUUUAGUUAAAAGUGAGCAGCUUUGUAGGGUAGUCAUAGGGUGAGGAAUUUAUUAGCAAAUGAGUGGUGCUAUUACUCUUGUAUCCAGUUCAUUGUUGAGAGAUGCAUUAAUUGAUGCUUUACUCGAGUUGCCAAAUCAAAA